AUGGCCCAACGAGACAUAGCAGCUCUGAAAGAGGGUAUCAACGUCUGUGUACAUUCUACCAGCGGUGGUACUGGCCUGCCCGUCGGCGCUCGAGGCAUACCCUCUGCUGUAGCAACUCAUGAACGACUAGCAACAGCUCCCUCUGCCGCUAAAUCCGAUGAGUUCCCAGCAGCUAGUGCCACGCCUCGUAUCGACUCUGAUUCGAUGCAGGCACCGAAGAGUGCGAGGUUUAGGAGGCCCCCACCAGGGAUGGUCUCACUGAUCAACGCUACAGCCCCUGUCUCUACCAGCAGUCCGGUAGAGAUUAUUGAGAAACCAUUAGAGUGA